AACUUCACGACGAGCUGCGUGAAGUCUCGCGAGAGUAGUCUGGGCGUGAUCAGCUGAUCUGUCACACAGCAACAUAGCAGCAGGCGAGCAGGGUGACGCGUGUGCUGUGUCGGUGCUCAGCUACGCAUUGAAGUCAUGGCGGCCAAUAUGGAGCUAGCGCCACUCAGACCGUGGGGGGAUUUCUUCCCCGGAAUGGAACGCUUCGCCAAACCAGAGUUUGGGGACGUUUCGAAGUGGAACAACAGGAUAAUCAGCAAUUUAAUGUACUAUCAGACGAACUACUUCGCCGUGGCCUUGGUGGUGUUCCUCAUCGUUGGAUUUCUGAACCCUUUCGGCUUGUUCCUGGGAGGAACUGUGGUGAUCCUGGUGUUCAUGGGUUCAGUGUGGGCUGGGGAGAAUCAAGCAAUGAUCAAGAACUUCAAAAGGAAGAACCCCACUUUGUUUGUCAUGUGUGUCAUGGUCGCCAGUUACUUCGUGCUGUCGCUGUGCGGCGGCGUCAUGGUCUUCAUCUUUGGAAUCACCUUCCCUUUACUGCUCGUCCUCAUCCACGCCUCCCUGAGACUGCGCAACAUGAAGAACCGACUGGAGAACACCAUGGAAGGCGCCGGGUUGAAGAAGAGUCCUAUGGGCCUCAUCAUGAAUCUGCUAGAUCAGCAGGAGGAAAAAGUUAACAAGAUUCAGGAUUUCAUUGAGAGCAAACUGAAAGAUUAGCAAGAAGAAGUCUGUUCCGACAUCACAUAUGUUACGUCUUCAAUGUCAUUCACCCUAAGACUAGAGAGCGUAGAUGUCCUACCUUUAUAUAAACACACUCCCUAGAACAGGUGCUUUGUAUAAAUAACAAUUGAAAGACAAAAAGCACCAAAGCUAUUUAGCAUGAACACUCAGCAUUCCCAUGUUGACCGUGUUUAAAAGUCCCCACAUUCAUUACACCCCUGCUGACAUUGCACUUUGUUGAAUAUCUAAAGCAUCUCCAAUGCAAUUAUUAGGCUAACGUGUGUUUUGUUGAAAAUAAAUCCGAUGCCUUUACCUUGCUCUUUCUCAUUAUGCAUCAAGCUUUUAUUUCUGAACCAUGUAAAAAAAAAUAAGUAUAAUCCACAGCUUUUCUUAACAGCAAAACUUCAAUCUUGUCACUCCAGAAACCAUAUGAAAACUGAUCCAAUACCAGUGUGCUUCUGGUGGACAUGUGUUCUCACUAUAAUCCGGAAUAUAAAUAGAAUAAAUGUUCACACAGUGUGACCAUGUGCUGAAAGCACAGGCGAGCCUGAGCACAUCGCCUUUGAUCGCUGCUAUGCAAUUGAAAAGGAAUGGCACUUUUCGCUUUAUCCUACCAUAAUAUGUAUAAGUUUGAUAGUGUGUAUUAUAUUUGUUACGACUUGAGGGAUGGACAAAAUUAUGAAUUUAACAGAAAUAUCCUCUUUUGUUUUGUCAAUAUCUGUAUCAACCAACCUGUAUCUGGAAAAGACACAUCGCUCUAUCUGUUCUUUUUUUAACUGACGACAUUUAAGAUGAUGUUCCCUUAAACUUUUCUUACUUGCACAGCGACACAAUUUGUGCAUGAAGGCAGUUCAGAGAUGUGGACUCGACGGAUGCUAUCAUAUGUUUUAUGUCCUCUUAUGUUUUAUGGGACGUUUUCAGUCACCAAUCGCGGUGUAUCCAAAGCUAUUAAUAAAGUUGACUAAAUUCA